AUGCCAUCGUCACAGCCACCCAUUGACAAGCUUGGUCCCGACCUACUACUUAUGAUAUUCGAUGUAAUCGCCCAGGACGAUUAUGCAUCGCUCACCUCUGCCGUCCGAUGUUCCAGGGCAUGGCAGCCGCUUGCCCAGUCCGCCAUGUACGGCGACGUAUUUCUGAACCAGCCACGGCUCGCCAAGUUCGUCGACCGGUGCGCCGACACGCAAAUCCGGUCUCUCACCGUAACGAUGAGGGCCAUUGGGGUCCCAGGCGCUCCAAGCGAGGCCAACAAAAUCGCUGACGCCAGGCUCGCGAGCUUGGGACGGCUCUGCGCGCGCAUCAGACAGAUGAGGCCUACGACGGUGUCCAUCUCCGUCGACCUGCCGUUUCCGCGUACGGCUGCACGCGAGGUUGCCCACAUCGUCGAAAGCCUGUCCCCGUCCUGCACGAGCUUGGAAAUCAAGCUGAGCUACGGCAGCUUGCUCUUCCCGCCCGCAGACUUCUCGAGUAGCCCGCACCAUCGGCCUCACCUGUGCGAGUCAAUUCGUACCGUGCUCCCUCAGCUGCGACACCUCCGCUUGUGCCUGCCGGUACUUUGUCCAGCUCUUUUCUCAACCAUCUCGCCCGCUGGCCAAGGUCAGAAUCAGCAUCGUCAAGCUGUCUCUGCCCCCUUGCUUCAAAGCUGCGUUAUCAAUCUCGCCCAGCGCACACCCAGCUAUCCCCAGGGUGCCUGGACGACACCUUGCAGCGACAACCCGGACCAGGUUCCCCACGGUGGGCAGGAACAGCAACUGCCCUCUGCUCUACCUCCAAUGGUCGAGGCCCUGGAGCACUUUGCCAGCCUGAAUUCUGGCAACCUGGAGACGUUUUCCGUAAUGGAUGUGCAGCCGCGGGAUCCGACUGUGCCAAACUCCUACGCAGGCUGGACGCGCCGCGACUUCCUCUCCAGAUCCAGCUUUCCCAUCCCCGUGUUUACCGUCGGCGGCCUCAUCUCGGUCAUGUUCUACGUAGCUAGGACGCCUUCGCCGAAGAAAGAGGGGGAAACGGAGGACUGGGCGACGCCGUCAUCAGGUCAGCUGGAGAUGAUAGCCGAGGGGGGAACGUGGCUAGAGACCAAGUCUGGUACGCACUUGCCGGUGCAGAAGAUGCUGAAGCAGCAUAGGGUCGUAGACGCGGCAUUGACUCGUGCUCAGUAUAUGCAGAGGCCCGACAGCGUACGCUGCCAGUUGUGGUAUACCGAGGAUGAUACGGGGGAGCGUGUGCUUCCCACGCGACCUGGGGAGCUGAUGCGACGGUGGGAAUUGCAAGAGAUGUGUCCGCCAGGUUGGAUUAGGGCCGGUCGCCAUGGGCCGAUGGUGAGGGCUUAG